UUUACAAACAACCUAAAACAAGGCCCAACAAGGGCGCUAGCCCUUGUACCAAGGAAAAGAAGAUAUACUUCUCUCAGAAUACAAGAAACUUACAACAAAAAGCUAAAAACACAAAACUUUCUCUUUGACGAACAAAGAGAACUAAACAGCAUGUCACGACAACAACAAGAGGAAGAAACCACUGCAAACGCAGCCACCUCAACACAAACAGUCCAAAUAACUGCAAAAAACACUAGCUGGAAGGAGCUAGCAUCUCGAGAAGAAGAGAGCCAAAGCUCGGCUUCUACAAACACACAGCAUUAUCGAGAGUUCAAAGAAGCAUUCAAAACAAAAAACAAAGACUACCUUAAUAAAGCAGCUCAAGAAAUAGAGAGUUUUUCAAAAACUGAAGAGAAAGAGGAACAGAAAGAGGAAGAAACAAGUACAGAAAUGCCUGAUAAACAAGAAAUAAGAGACAUCUCGCAUAGCACAGAUGAUGAAAUGGAAGAUACCCAGGAAAAUGCCGAACAAGUAACCACUUUCUCGGAAGCAGAACUUACAACAAGAGAUGAACUCGCAUUAGAUAACCUAUACCUUAAGGAUAAUAACAAAGAAAAUAGCCCUCCUCAUGAGAAUACAUCGUCAGAAACUCCAAUGGAAGAAGACUUUACAACUGUAUCUUACAAAAAGAAGAAAAAGAAACAAACAAACCAAAGUAUACGUAAACAAGCAACAGUAAGACAAGCCCCAUACAGGAAAGGACGAAUAGAGGAGAAUUCUUCAAAAGCUCAAUAA